AGCAAAGUGUGUAGUUCAAAUAAAUUAAAAUAACAAAUUAUAGAAAUUAAGUUUAAAUAGCAUAGAUAUACAAGUAUACAACUGUAGAUUUGUUAUUCCAUUUCCCUUUUGUUUCUCUUUUCUUAUUUUUUGGAACCUCAUCUCUUGUAGUAUGGGAUUAGGAGAAAUUAACAAGGGAGUGAUUAUGAACGGGAUCAUACUCUUGACGAUGAUGAUCUUGAUGGGGAAUUUGGUGAUUUGGAUCAUGAUGCCAACUUCUCCUUAUAAGAAGAUUUGGUUGACAUCCAUGCGUGCCAAGCUCGGCAAAUCAAUUUAUUUUGGGAAAUCAGGAGUGAACCUUUUGAUUUACAUGUUCCCAAUGAUUCUAUUGGCUUGUUUGGGAUGCAUCUACCUUCACUUGAAGAAACAAACGAGCGGUGACCAAUUUCAUAGAAGUGGAAGGGAGAGGAAGAAGAGAGACAAGUUCGGAUCAUUGAGAAGACGACCAAUGUUUGUGAAGGGGCCAUUAGGAAUAGUGACAGCGACUGAGGUUAUGUUCUUGACGAUGUUCAUGGCUCUUCUUCUUUGGAGCUUAACCAAUCACUUUUACUAUACGUUUGUUAACAUCACUCCUCAAUCAGCAGCGAUCCAUGGAGAUAACCUUACGGUUAGGUCUAGCUGGGAACAUAUGUUUGGCGUUCUUGUUCUAUCCGGUGGCGCGUGGCUCGUCGUUGCUGGCUGCAAUUGGGCUUACGUCAGAGUCGAGCAUCAAGUACCAUAUAUGGCUCGGCCACAUGGUGAUGGCCUUCUUCACCGGCCACGGUCUUUGUUACGUUGCCUAUUGGAUAUCCGCAAAUCAAGUCUCCCAGUGGUUCAAUUCGAUAUGGUGAAGUUGUUCGGUUUAAUUUCUAAUUUUGGCUCUGAGACUUUACGGCAUAAUUGUCAACUAACUUGUAGGACCGGCGUCUCGAAUUUAGCCGGAGAGAUAGCUAUUGUGGCCGGACUAGUGAUGUGGGCCACCACAUAUCCGACGAUAAGAAGGAGAUUCUUCGAAGUCUUCUUCUACACUCACUAUCUCUACAUCGUCUUCAUGCUCUUCUUUGUCUUCCACGUUGGCAUCUCUUACUCUUUGAUCUCUUUUCCCGGUUUUUACAUCUUCAUCGUCGAUCGCUUCUUGAGAUUUCUCCAGUCGCGCAACAAUGUCAAGCUAGUCUCUGCUCGGGUUCUUCCUUGUGACACCGUCGAGCUCAGUUUCUCCAAAAACCCUUUGCUGACGUAUAGCCCGACGAGUAUAUUGUUCGUGAACAUACCGAGCAUUUCAAAGCUUCAAUGGCAUCCAUUUACGAUAACUUCGAGUAGUAAACUUGAACCAGAGAAGCUAAGUGUUAUGAUCAAGGGCCAAGGCAUAUGGUCCACUAAGCUUUACCAGAUGCUUUCUUCUUCUGAGCAGAUCAACCGCCUCACUGUUUCCGUUGAAGGCCCAUAUGGCCCUACUUCCACUGACUUCUCACGACAUGAAUCUCUGGUGAUGGUGAGUGGAGGCAGUGGGAUCACACCGUUCAUCUCCAUAAUCCGCGACCUACUCUACACAAGCUCAACUAGCACUUGUAAAAUCCCCAAGAUGACCCUAAUCUGCGCGUUCAAGAACUCGUCGGACCUCUCCAUGCUCGACCUAAUCUUACCCAUCUCCGGAUCCACCACCGAGAUCUCCUCGUCUUUCGAUAUCCAGAUCAAAGCCUUCGUCACCCGAGAGAAAGAAUCAACAACUCGCAACAGGAACAUCAUCAAAUCCUUGUGUUUCAAACCAUAUGUCUCAGACCAACCCAUCUCACCAGUCCUCGGACCCAACUCCUGGCUCUGUCUCGCCACAAUCCUCUCAUCUUCAUUCAUUAUCUUUAUUAUCAUCAUCGGAUUCAUCACAAGAUAUCAUAUCUACCCAAUCGAUCAAAGCUCCAAGUACACUUCGGCUUCUAAAUCUAUCAUUUACCUUCUAGCAAUCUCCGUCAGCGUGGUGGCUACGUCUACGUUCGCUGUGUUGUGUUAUAACCAAAACAAGUAUUAUACGAAAAAUGCCCCAAACGUUGACGUCUUGUCUUCCUUGAUGAUGGAGAGCUCGCCACAACAGUUGCUGUCGCAAUCCACCAGCAUUCAUUACGGAGAAAAGCCUGAUCUCAACAAGCUUAUAGUUGGUUCAGAGGGCUCGAGCGUGGGAGUUCUUGUGUGUGGUCCAAGGAAGAUGAGACAAGAGGUUGCAAAGAUUUGUUCCUUUGGUUCGGCUGAGAAUCUUCGGUUUGAAUCAAUCAGUUUCAGCUGGUGAUUUUUUUUUUUUUUUUAAUUCAGAUUGAUGUUUUGUGACAGUUGUUUGGGUUUGCAAAUGCAAAUUAACUAGGUGGCCUAGAAAGUAGAUAAAUUUUAUAAUGUCAUGGUUUCAUUCCAUAAAUCUUUUUUUAUGUCAUCUAUAAAAUUCAUUAAUCAAAAAGAGUUCUCUCA